AUGCCACUCUGGGUGUUCGUCUUCGUGAUCCUCGCCCUCAGCAGCAGCUCCCACUGCUUCCCGCAUCCCCCUUUGGCCCUCAGGAUGCGGCGGUACACAGAUGCCAUCUUCACCAACAGCUACCGGAAGGUGCUGGGCCAGAUGUCUGCCCGCAAGUUGCUCCAGGACAUCAUGAGCAGGCAGCAGGGAGAGAGAAACCAGGAGCGAGGAGCAAGGGCACGGCUUGGCCGUCAGGUAGACAGCGUGUGGGCAGAACAAAAGCAAAUGGCAUUGGAGAGCAUCCUGGUGGCCCUGCGGCAGAAGCACAGGAACCAGGAAUGAAGAAUCCUCCUGUGACCUGGGCUACCUGUAGCCAAAAUGAAACUGGAUCCAGU